GAGAGAGAGAGAGAGAGAGAGAGAGAGAGGAAGGAGUCACAACCACCCUCCAUCGUAAUUGUAAUUGUAAAUGAUAUAUAUUAACCAACGGCGGUGAAAGAUGAAGAUGAUGGGUGGCAACCGGUUUCCAAACGGAGAUGUUAUCGCCGUCAUCCUAUUCCUCUCUCUACCGUUGCUGGGCUACGGAAUCCGUUCUUUCCCGACGAACAACGGCUUCACGGAGGCACCGGAGUACCGUAACGGCGUCGAAUGCUCCAACACAACCAUCCACGUGGCAAUGACACUCGACUCCGAAUACCUUCGAGGCUCAAUCGCCGCCCUCCACUCCCUUCUCCGCCACGCUUCCUGCCCUCAAAACCUCUUCUUCCACCUCAUCACCGCCGAGUUCGACCCAUCCACCCCCCGCGGGUUGACCCGGAUCCUCCACAAAACAUUCCCUUCUCUCACCUUCAAACUCUACAUUUUCAGAGAAGACUCUGUCAUCAAUCUCAUUUCAUCGUCAAUCCGGGUCGCUCUCGAGAACCCGCUUAACUACGCCCGAAACUACCUGGGCGAAAUACUCGACCCGGGUGUAGAACGAGUCAUAUACCUCGACUCCGACGUCGUUUUGGUGGAUGACAUAGAGAAGCUUUGGAGCAUCACUUUACACAACAACCGAGUGAUCGGAGCUCCGGAAUACUGCCACGCAAACUUCACGAAAUACUUCACACAGAGCUUUUGGUCCGACCCGGUAUUAUCUCGGGUAUUCUCAUCGAAAACCCCGUGCUAUUUCAACACCGGUGUGAUGGUAAUGGAUAUGGUGAAAUGGAGAGGCGGAAAGUACCGGCGGAGGAUUGAGAACUGGAUGGAACUGCAGAGGAAAAAGAGGAUUUACGAGCUGGGUUCGUUGCCGCCGUUUCUGCUGGUGUUCGCCGGAAACAUUGAGCCGAUUGACCACCGGUGGAACCAACAUGGGCUUGGGGGAGAUAACGUGAAAGGAAGCUGCCGGGGGCUGCAUGCGGGUCCGGUGAGCUUGUUGCAUUGGAGUGGUAAAGGGAAACCUUGGGUCAGACUGGAUGAAGGGAGACCUUGUCCUUUGGAUUAUCUAUGGCAGCCGUACGAUCUUCAUCGCCGUAAUCUUCCCUUGGAUUCCUAAAAAUACAUUUAUUGUUUGUAAUUUUUGGUGUGUACAGAAGAAGAAAUACAUACGAUUUCGUAUAAUUUUUUUUGUAUUUUAUAAUUAAACAAAUAACAUUCAUUCAUUUGCAACUAUAACCUUGUUUUUAAUGAA